CAAGCCAUGGCAUCCAAAACAGCCUCUUCAUUCCUCUACCUCUCUCUUCUAUUAUCCAUUUCAAUGCCAAACUCAGCCACUGCCUUCAAUAAAACCCCUGCCAUCUUUGCAUUCGGCGACUCCACCAUUGAUGCCGGCAACAACAACCACAUAGACACCACAAUGCGUUGUGACCACUUGCCCUACGGUCGUGAUUUGCCAAACCAAAUCCCAACUGGUAGAUUCACAAACGGAAAGUUACCGACCGAUUACCUUAGCCAAAGGCUAGGAAUUAAGGAUUUAUUGCCCGCUUUUCUUGACCCUCAAGUUACCGAUAAUGAUUUGUUAACCGGGGUUAGUUUUGGCUCGGGGGGUUCAGGGUUGGAUAGCCAAACAGUGGCCUUAGCUAAGGUCUUGGAUUUGGGUACACAAUUUCAGUUGUUUGAACAAGCUUUGUUGAGGAUAAGAAAAAUUGUUGGUAAUGAAAAGGCUAAUGAUAUAAUCCAAAAUGCGUUCUUUGCGAUUAGCAUUGGGACUAAUGAUAUGUUGUACAAUGUUUAUAUGACACAAAAUACUCCACAUGGUUCUGCUUCAUCUUAUCAAGAUUUUUUGCUCCAAAAUCUUCAGAAUUUUUUUGAGGUUGGUAUUUUAUUUUAUAUUUUAGAUAUAUAA